CUCAACUACAACCUCUGUAUCUGGUAGCUGCAGACUGGUAGGGCACAGAAACAGAAAAAUGUGACUUUUGCGCAGGAAAGUUAGAGCAGGGAAGAGCUCAGAAGUGGGCGUGUGUGUGUGUUAACAGGGUGGAAACCCCACCAGCUAAGUCUGUACACACACACACACACACACACACACACACACACACACACACACACACACAAAUAAAUGAAGUCUGCCUAUCUGGGACCGGAGCCCCUCCCCUCGUCCCGCGCAAAGGAGUGUGACCCAAAAGCCGCUUCCUCUGGCUGGUGAGCGGGUCAGGACCAGGCCCGUGAGACCCUCCGCAGCUCCACUCGGCUCCUCCACCGCUGACUGGCCCCGCCCCGCCCUAUCCACGAUGAACAACCACACCACCCCUUUGCCUAACGACCACCACCAGUCCAACCCCGGUAUGGCCUGGACGACAGUGGACAUUGCCAUCAUUGCAGGAGUGAUUGCUGCUGUGGCCUUCUUCCUGGUCUGCCUCCUUGUCCUCAUGCUACACUACAUGUACCGGCACAAGGGCACUUACCAUACCAAUGAGGACAAGGGCACAGAGUUUGCUGAGACCGCAGAUGUAGCCAUGCAGGAUGACCUAUCUCUCCAAGAGGCUGGUGACAACAGCAGAAAGGAGUACUUUAUCUGAGGGGCACCAGACCUUACCUCCCCCAGUGCCUCCUCCUACUCCAUGACUUCACUCAACCAUCUGCACUACCAAGCAGACCAUGAGAGCACCCACCCCAGCCCAAGACAGGGGAAUGCUGGGUGCUAGGCCAGGGAGCUGGGAGGAAAGGAAGAGGAAUUCAGUCCAGAGAAUCCUCUCCCAAGGGCACAAUGACCACUGAUGAGGCCAGCUUUUGCUCUGCCAGAGGGAAGAAGUCUGGGUCUUCCUAGGCAGUGUAAUUUAUCCUCAGUGUGGUGUGUAAGUUCUUGCUGAAUCUGAGUGGGGUGGGUGGGCCUGGGCACUGAAAACCAAGGAAGUGAGUCAGCAGUAUGGUGAUUAGGACAAUGGCAUCAAAUGUCAGUCCUUGACAUCCAGGGGAAUAGCAAAUGACAGAGCUAUAGAUACCUUAGUCUUCUACUGAUCCAGCUGUAAGUGAUUGGAAAUAAAUUUGAAACCUAACUGAGUACUCAGAGUCAAACAGUAUUACCAUAAUUGUCUGGAGGAGAGUAAAUGCCACCCAGGACUGGCUUUUCACCAAAGCAGCUGUGUGCCUCUGAUAGAGUCUACAUGUAUGCCUGAAUGCAUGGGGCUGCACCGUCCACUUCUGGCUCCAUUGCCAGUCCCAGCACAGAUAGCACACAUGGCUCCUAUGCCUUCCAGGGGAGGGAGGGACAAGUGACCAGCAUUUCUUUUCCUCACACAGGCACUAGCUUCAUGAAACAAAUGUAAUAGUGGAAUGGGCCUCUAGUAAUAGACUGUCCCCGCACAAGGGCAGUGGCUGAAGCAUUGAUUCUCUAAUACAGUAUUAGAAAAAAAUGGACCUGUUAAAAAAUAUGAGUGAACCCCAUCCUUCCCAUAAUAACAGUGGUUAGAGCACAGAGUCCUUGGGUUUGGGAUCUGGCUCCCCUUUCCUGGUCCUAGAAUUUGGUCAACUGGCUUGACCUCUAUGGCCUUCUUGUCCCUCUUGUGAACAUCCCUCCAUGGUACACACUCUCAGGAUUGAUGGCAGUAACAAAUGUGCCAAGUGCUCAGAAUUGUUUUAUAAUGUCAUUAUGUGGUACUGGAUAUAAACUAUGUAUGUGUAGGUAAACAAAAGUUCCUCAUUGCACCACUUCUAAAUGCUUCCUGAACAGCAAUUAUAAUUUAGAAUGAAUAGCAGAUAAGAAAGAUGAACUUACUAACCAUCCCCUUUCAUAAGAAUCUCUCCAAGACCCCCAGCAGCUCAGCAAUUGCCCAGAAACCAGCAGCUCCAAGAUUAAAAACUUGGAGCCUGGCUGUACUCUGGCUACCAGGAAAUCCCUAGGGCUCAGAUUUCCAUAGGUGGCCCCAUCUACAACUGGGAAUCAGCUAAAAGGUCCCUUGUCACUCUCCCUAGAAAGAUAAUGGAUCUAAGCUCAGUCAGGGAUGACUAACCACCAGCCAAAGGAGCUAGAAGUCCUAGGGCUCUCAUAAGGCAGAGAGGCAGAGAGGAGAAAUGAAGCUGGCCAAAAGGCGAGAUGAUUCUCUGGGUGACUUGAGCUUUCUGGCCUUCCACUGUCUCAUCUGUAAAAUGAAGGACUUGGCUCUAUCUCCAUGUCCCAAACUGUGCUCUGUUGAACACUGGUUGGCAAAAUCUUGAUAAACAGCCCAAACACAAAGGAUGCUCCACGUGCAAACAGGUUUGGAAAAUGACAUAUUAAGCCAAGUUAAAGCAGUGAGGGCUUCCCAGUAUCUUUAGUAUUUCAAUGUGUGCUAGAACUUGAGAUGUGAGGAGUAGGGAAAUUAAUGCAGCCUUCCUCAAAUGUAUUUGGCCAGAGACCCCAUUUCUUUUCAGAAUACCUAUAGGACCAAGAGUUCCACAGAACACGUUUGGGAAACACUAAACAGCAUCUAACAAUCCUUCCUGUUGUGACAUCACUUUAGGUUUUUGAGAAUAUGUGGGCAUAUGGCCUCAUCUUCAAGGACUGUAAGCUUAAAUCACUGCCUAGUGCACCCAGAACCCACACACAGACAUGCUUUUAUUUAAGAAAGUCUCCAGAGAGAGAGGAUGAGCCCAGAGCCCCUGAGCUGAUGCCUUUGUGGAGAAGAGGGCCACUGAUAAGUCUCCUCUCCCUCCUUCUCUCUUUCCACCCCCAUUGGUCUAGCAACCCUCUAUCUGAGACCUGGCCCAUGGGAGGUGGGCUCUCUGUCCCCUUGCUUCAUCUCCCUCACCUGCCCUAUGAAACUACAAAAAACUCUGUGGAAGUACAGUCUGCUUCCAGCCCACUGGGUCCCCAGGCCCAGCCAGAAUCAGAGGCAGAGUGACAUGGAAGCUGUAGGGGUGAAUUGUCCAAGGUGACCAUUCCAAAUGCCACCCAAGGGGGAGCUGUCAUCCUCGGUGAAAUCACAGCUUCUUUGCACACAGUUUCUCCUUUUAUCCUCUCAAUAAUCCUCUCAGAAAUAUGACCUAAUUCUCUCUUUAGAGGGAUAGAAACUGAGGCUCAGAAAGACUAAAGGGCUUGUUGGAGGUCUCAGAGCUCCUAAGAGACCAUCAGCAGGAAUAUCUUUCCCUUUACAUGCUGCAGUGAAUCAACAAGAGUUCUUCCUGGGAGUGGAUCAGGUGCACCAGGACUCAGGGAUGCUGGAAUGACCCAAUGUCAGGGUCAAAGCACCCCAGGCUUGGCCAGCAAUGACCUGGGCUCCUGUGAAAAUAUCUCCAUUCUCAGUGAGGGCUGGCCUGGGGCAGUGGCAGCUUGGAGUGGUGGGAAUUGGUCCUGGUCUAUUGGCCUUUGGUGGAAUGGUUAGCAGGGUAAAAUGUUUUCAGUUAGAUCACACCUCAUCCACCACUCAGUCAUUCUUAUCAAAAAAGAAAAUGAUUGGCUAGAUGACCCUUCUUGGAUGAUUUAUGCUCUAAAAAAGUUCUCAAACUCAAAGUAAAAAUGUUUAAUAAUGAAUAUUCAGAUCCAGAGACAAAUAGACCAUGUGCCUGAAUGUGUCUGAUUAUAUAUCUGCAAUUCACACACAUGUGUUAGGUACCUAUCUAAGUGUGGGGAUGACCUCACUGAAUAGAACAGAUCCUGCCUCAAGGGUUCUGUGCUUGGUGGAGAAGAUAAACAUGUCAAGUUCAUGGCCCUGCAGUGUUAGAGCUGCUGUGAGAGUAGUGGCACAAUUCAGUGUGUAAUACCAAGAAGAGAGAGGCAAUUAUACCAGGAGAUGAGCUGGACUUAGGGAAGACUUCAGAGGGAAAAGGAUACCUGCAUCAAUGCACAGUAGACUAGGGCAGGACAAUGGAGGGUCUCCAGCCAAGAAAUUUCUCCAGUCUAAGAAAUGUGACUUUGUCCUUGAGGCUAUAGGGAACCACUGUAGGAACAUGUCAAUCUCUAUCAUAAAACUAUGCAAUGGUCAAGUUAAACAAAAGACAAGAUGAAAAUAACUGUGGAAAUAUACAAGGGAGAUUCUAAAGGCAUGUCAUGGUGAUGGCCCUGCCAAGUGGUGGAGAUAUCCGUUAUCCUGGGGCAUGCCCCUCACUUCAGCUUCCUCAUCCUUUAGUCUGGAUUUCACAUGACUCAACCCAUCCUGCUUGCUGAGAAAGACAUAUCAUCCUUUCCUGAACACAGGGCAGUAGGUCAACCUUCAAGCCAACCUUCACAUUAGAGAACUUUUUCUUCAGUGGAAGGACUACUGAUGAGUGUAUCCUGUUUAUGUUCUUUUGGAGAAGACAGUCCUCCAUUAUUUUUCACUUUUUGCCUGAGCUUCUUUUAUCAUCAUAGCACCAGAGAUAAUUUAGAAGUCAACAGGAUAUUAACUGGCCUAGUGCCACAAAUAGAACUAUAGUCACUUUCAAGUGCCCAUCAAUAGAUGAGUGGAUAAAGAAGAUGUGAUAUGUAUAUACAAUGGAAUAUUAUUCAGCCAUAAAAACAAAUGAAAUCUUACCAUUUGCAACAGCAUGGAUGGACCUAGAGGGUAUUAUGCUAAUGUGAAAUAAGUCAGACAGAGAAAGACAAAUAGUAUUUAAUUUUACUUAUAUGGAGAGUCUAAAGAACAACGUAAAUGAACAAGCAAAAUAGUAACAGAUUUAUAGAUACAGAGAUCAGAUUGAUGAUUGCCAGAUGG